CCUCGCCUCGUCCUCCUUCCCCCCGAAUGCAAACUCACGGCUGACUUGGAAACUGAUGAAAUUUGGAAGGUCCUAGAAGGAAACUGCAAACUCAAAAUCAAUUUCCUAACUUCCUUUUUCUCCUCCUUUCCUUUUUUUUAUAAUUUCACAACAACCCUCUUCCCAGGCCAAACCCCCCUUAUAUAUCCAUGGUAUCCUCCAGGCAGAACAUCCCUUCAUGGUUAACUGCGGCCGCCACCAGAGUUGAUUUCGAAGGUAAGGUCGACAAUAUGCUCAAGGACGCCUCCGGAGAUUCUUCCCUCCAAUCCCCGGAAAAGCGAAACAAACGCUCCGAAAAUCUGGCUGAUGUUGAUUUGGGAUUCGUCGAGAGGUCUCUCUCCGCCGCCGGCGCUGCCUUCAUCUCCGCCAUCAUCGUUAAUCCUCUCGAUGUCGCCAAGACAAGGUUGCAAGCGCAGGCUGCCGGAGUUCCUUACAAUAGUUUAGGUGGCAUGGCAUGCUUCCAUGGUAGUACGAUGCUUCCAGACUUAAGAUGUGCAUGUGAGGUUGCUGGCCUUGGACAAGUGUGCUCUCCUGAACCUUAUCGGUAUAAGGGAACACUGGAUGUCUUAUACAAAGUUAUACAAGAGGAAGGGUUUGCCAGACUAUGGAGAGGAACAAAUGCUAGCCUGGCAUUAGCUGUUCCAACUGUUGGGAUCUAUUUACCCUGUUAUGACAUCCUUCGCAAUUUAAUGGAAGAUUUUGCAUCUGUGAAUGCUCCAACCUUGAGCCCUUAUGUCCCAUUAGUUGCAGGCACAAUUGCUCGUUCAUUGGCUUGUGUAACUUGUUAUCCUGUUGAACUGGCAAGAACACGGAUGCAGGCAUUUAAAGAAACUCAAAAUGGAGUGAAGCCUCCAGGAAUUUUUAAGACAUUAGAUGGAGUCAUCAAUCCAGUCAGGAACACAAACAACACUCAGACAUUCCAAAGCUACCGCUUCUUGUGGACUGGUCUUGGCGCACAACUUGCUCGUGAUGUUCCUUUCUCUGCGAUUUGUUGGUCAACUCUUGAACCAAUUAGAAGGAGAAUACUUGCUUUCAUGGGUGAUGAAGCCCAGGUGGGUAGCAUCCUUGGUGCAAAUUUCACUGCUGGUUUUAUUGCAGGAAGCCUUGCAGCUGCUGCUACUUGUCCGCUAGAUGUUGCAAAAACAAGGCGGCAGAUUGAGAAGGAUCCUGCUAGGUCAUUGAAGAUGAAUACAAGGAAGACACUGCUGGAAAUUUGGAGGGAUGGAGGGAUGAAGGGCCUAUUCACUGGAAUUGGUCCCCGAGUUGGUCGUGCUGGCCCUUCUGUCGGGAUUGUUGUGUCCUUUUAUGAAGUUGUCAAGUAUGCUUUGCAUCAAAGACAUGACAGCUGAAAUAUACUUCACAGUCGUUGUUUAGCUGAUUUUUCCUAACCCAUGAAGGAUUACAUGCACCACAGACUGACAUGGUCACACAGAUUGUUUCAAAAAAUUAGUUUGGCAAGGGCCAGAAUAAAGCUUGUUCGUUUGGCUCCCUGCUAUCAAUUCAAUGUUGCAAGCGGAGAGCCGUUUUUACUUUUACAGAGAGAAUACAUCAUGCCAUCUUCUCUCAUAAAAAAACUCUGAUCUGAUUCCUUUCCAAUUUGUUAAGCUCUUCAUAUGGAAGUAAUAAUUGGUUAAUUGCAAAACUAUAACAGUUGCUCAGUCCCCCAUUUCUUUAAUGGCAUUUACUUCAUUUAUUUUAAAUAUAUGAACAGUUACAAA